CCAAAAAAAUAUUAACAAGCAAAGACGUGCAUUCCGUGUGGAUCAGCUGACGGUAAAGUAAAUACACGUUUGAAAUUAAUCAGAAAGUGAGUGACACGAAUACACACAUCCAAACUCCUUUAUUUUUACAAGAGUACGGAUUACGUGUUCCCUAAUAUACACAAUUCAUUUGAAGAAAUAAAAAAAAAUCAACUUAUCCUUUACUCUUUUAUAUAUGAACACUUCAUCAAUAAUCGUGUGAAAUUUGUGAAACCGUAUUAUCAUCGAAAUGCACUUGAUAAAACGAUGCAAUCUAUAAUUAUUAUAGUAACAAAAACAAGCUGUGAUCCAGAUAUAUCUUGGCAUUGGCAGGAGUGGCAUAAGUAAAAUAUCAGAAUGCUCCCAGUCUUCAAACAGAGCAUUGUUUUGAAAAUAAACAAUUUACCAUGGUCCUGGAGAAUCUGAGAAGAAGGAGAAGAGUUAAGAGUUCAAAAGAAACAGAUUCACCUGAUACUAUGCUCGAAGAAAAUCCCACAUUGGAAGAUGAUAAUCCUGAUGAGGAAGAGUAUGAAGAAACAUCGGACACUUGUCAGCUACUCAACGGAGGAGAGUUAGAAAUUGAAGUACCAGAUGUAAAAGAAUCAUUAUGGGCUACUUCCGUACAGAUGUUCAUACCUUUCAUCCUUGCUGGAUUUGGUAUGGUAGCUGCAAGUUUAUUACUUGAUAAAGUGCAACAUUGGCCAGUAUAUCAAGAAGUGUCUGAAGUUUAUAUACUAGUGCCAGCACUUUUAGGUUUAAAAGGUAAUCUGGAAAUGACUUUGGCAUCACGACUGUCUACCCACGCAAAUAUUGGACAUUUUGAUAAUCCAAAGAUGAAAUUAAAUCUGAUUGUUGGAAAUCUAUCAUUAAUCCUCUGUCAAGCUACAGUUGUGGGCUUUUUAGCAUCAAUUGCAGCAGUGUUACUUGCAUGGAUGCCAAAUGGAGGUAUUAAUAUUGAACAUGUACUUUUACUUUGUGCAUCCAGUGUAGUAACAGCACUUGGUGCUAGUUUUAUACUAGGUUUAGUCAUGAUAGGGGUAAUAUUAUGUUCAAAAAGUUUCAAUAUAAAUCCUGAUAAUGUUGCCACUCCUAUUGCUGCUAGUUUGGGGGACCUAACAACUUUGGCAUGUUUGUCAUCAUUGGCGUCUUUCUACCUUAAAACUCUAGAAAAGAAUAUUUGGUUAUGUGUAGUAUCUAUAGUUAUUGCCUUGUUAUUAAUACCAAUAUGGGCAUGGAUGGCAAGUAGAGAAAAGUAUUCCCAACAAGUUCUUUGCACUGGGUGGACACCAGUUGUGAGUGCCAUGAUUAUAAGUAGUGUUGGUGGUUUAAUUUUGGACUAUACCGUUGCUAAAUACAAGGGAGUUGCUGUAUUUCAGCUGGUUAUAAAUGGUGUUGGAGGUAAUUUGGUUGCUGUCCAAGCCAGUAGGAUUUCUACAGAACUUCAUAUGAAAGCAAGGCUGGGCCAUCUUCCAAGUAAUAUGACAAUUUGUUUGAAACCAAGUGCUGCAUUUUGUGAUACUAAGGAAACUUCACAUGCUAGUACAGCUCAGAUGCUUUUAUUGAUGGUUAUACCUGGACAUCUAAUAUUCUCUUAUACUAUAAGUUAUCUGCAAGCAGGACAUACAUCUUUCACUUUCAUUUUCUUAUUAGUUUACUUGACAGCGGCUAUGAUACAGGUUGUUCUGUUACUUUAUAUAGCUCAAGUAAUGAUUUUAGGUAUGUGGAAAGUGAAUAUUGAUCCUGAUAACUCAGCUAUUCCUUAUUUGACAGCCUUAGGAGAUCUCUUGGGAACUCUACUUUUAAGUAUGGCAUUUGAAUUCUUGUUUUUAAUAGGGGACCAUGAUAGUGAUGUUGGUGAUUGAAUCAUGUACAUAUUGAAACUUAUGAAUUGGCUUGCAACAAUAAGGUUGAAUUUGUAUUGCUGAAUCAGAUUCAGUUUGUGAUACCCAAUGAAAAAGUACUUUUUUAUACUAGUAGAAUAUGAAUGAGAUUCUGUGAUUCAAUUAUUUAUCUUGCUACUGAGAAAGGACCAUGUUGCCCAAAAAAUCCACAAAAUCUCAUUCAUUAAUUAUAUCUGCAAUAAGCCACCUUCCCUUCAGAGAGCAACUUUGAGGUGGUGGGAAGUGUAUAAAAAUCUGAAAUGAGAAAUACCAAAAUACUGUUUAUUCAAAUUAUUUUCAACCAGGAAAAUUUGAUAUAUUUUCUUUGUCAUAAAUUUAUAAAUUUUGGGUUAUCAGUUCAGUUUUCUGUUCUUCUUGUACGAAUAUCAGUUAAUAAAUCUUUUGAAGUUUCUUUAUGAUGAAUAUUUCUUAGUUUAUUUCAAUUAUUCAAUGGAAGUAUUAACCAGUGCAAUAUAUUAACUAUUUGAGCAAUUAGUUUUAAUGAAAUCGAAUGUAUUUAAUGUAAAUUUGCUGCACAUUAUUUAUAUUCUCAACAAACUAUACCAGUCAUAAAUUAAAUGUAUCUGUUUUAUAAUACAGAAAAAUUGUGCCAUUUCUAUCGAUAUGUCACCACUAAUUUUCCAGGCUAAACUUCGAAUAUAUCUGUGAUAAAAAAUUGAAUUUGUAAUUUUAGAUGUAUGUCGUUAGAUUUGAUACGUGUCAAAGAGUAGAACCAUGAACUCUAGUUCUUUUUCUUUGAUGUACUGUAUUUUGAUCAAUAAUAUUGUUUCUCCCAUAAGAGUUCAGAAUGUUUGCAUGUUUUAUUGUAUAGUGUUAUUCAAUUUCAAUAUUUCUCUUUCCGAAUGUUCCUUUCCUUUUUGUAUAUUAUAAUUUUAUCAUUCAACCUUUAACAACAUUAAAUUCCGUUCAAUCUACAUA